AUAACUGCCGAGUAGGAGGAGCUUUGGUUUCUGGAAGCUCCGCGGAGCAGAGCGUCCGAGCAGCGCUCAGGCGACGCUGGGAGGACUGCGAGGUGAACCGACGGUCUGAGAAGUGCAGCUGGAGCAGCGAAGACGGGGUGUGACGCUGUAAAGAGGAGUUCACCCGGGCUGUGAGUCGCACGAACGGAGGAGUGGACUGUCCGUGUAUCCCGGGAAGCUGUAACGCAAAGAGCCGUGGAUGUGGGGACCAGCGUAGCCCACCUGGAUCCGCGCUGUAACCCGACUCUGAUGGACUGAGCGGCGCUGUCCGCCGGCUCCGCUCCCGCUUCUCAUCCUCUCUGAGCUCCACAUGCAGAGCCGAGGGAAAGUGUCAGGGAGCGGACACAGCAGCAGGAGAAGAAGAGUUUCUCAUGUUUGACAGCUUUGCUUUCUGAGACACCGGGAGGCUCAACUAAAGGCGGGGCGGAACAGGGGGUGGGGGGGCUCCCAGACUGGACUGCUGAGCUCUCCUCGUCCCGACACCCCAAUUGCACCACAGCUUUAUUUUGGGGGGUGCAGGGGGUCGACGACGGAGGCAACAACUGGGAACAAGAAAGCUAUUUUGUAACUCUUCCCAGGCAGCCGGUGUGUUGUCGUUUGUUAUUGUGAAGCGGUCAGCCGCCCCUGGCCUCCGGUGUCCACAUCCAGGAGCAUUACCAGUUUGGGGGGGACGUCUGUAUUUCGUGGAGGUGUGGGUGAUAAUUCAUCCCCGGCCGGGCUCGGACUAUGGCGGACGACGACAUUCUGUUUGAAGAUGUGUACGAGCUCUGCGAGGUCAUCGGAAAGGGUCCCUUCAGCGUGGUGAGGAGAUGCAUCAACAGGGACACGGGCCAGCAGUUUGCUGUCAAAAUCGUGGAUGUGGCCCAGUUCACGUCCAGCCCUGGUCUCAGCACAGAAGAUCUAAAGAGAGAGGCCAGCAUCUGCCACAUGCUGAAGCACCCCCACAUCGUGGAGCUGCUGGAGACCUACAGCUCCGACGGCAUGCUCUACAUGGUGUUUGAAUUCAUGGACGGGGCAGACCUGUGCUUUGAGAUCGUGAAGAGGGCGGAUGCUGGCUUCGUCUACAGCGAGGCAGUGGCCAGCCAUUACAUGAGGCAGAUCCUCGAGGCGCUGCGUUAUUGCCACGACAACAACGUCAUCCACAGAGACGUUAAGCCUCACUGCGUGCUGCUGGCGUCCAAAGAAAACUCGGCUCCCGUCAAACUGGGUGGGUUCGGCGUGGCCAUCCAGCUCGGAGAGUCCGGAUUGGUGGCAGGAGGGCGAGUCGGGACGCCCCACUUCAUGGCGCCGGAGGUGGUGAAGAGGGAGCCGUACGGGAAGCCAGUGGACGUGUGGGGAUGCGGGGUCAUCCUCUUCAUUCUGCUGUCGGGCUGCCUGCCCUUCUACGGCACCAAGGAGCGACUGUUCGAAGCCAUCUGCAAGGGAAAAUACAAGAUGAAUCCCCGUCAGUGGAACCACAUCUCAGAGAGCGCCAAGGAUCUGGUGAGGCGCAUGCUGAUGUUGGACCCGGCGGAGAGGAUCACCGUGUACGAGGCUCUGAACCAUCCCUGGCUCAAGGAGAGGGACCGGUACGCUUACAAGAUCCAUCUGCCAGAGACCGUGGAGCAGCUGAGGAAGUUCAACGCCAGGCGGAAGCUCAAGGGAGCCGUGUUGGCCGCCGUGUCCAGUCACAAGUUCAGCUCCUUCUACGGCGAUCCACCGGAGGAACUCAACGACUUCUCCGAAGACCCCACCUCCUCAGGACUCCUAGCAGCAGAACCUGAGUGUCCAGCAGCAGGGUUUGAAGUUUACACUGAAAAUGAGACCGAGACCAGCCGACCCCUCUACUUUGCCCCCCUCACUCCCCCGGUUUUAAGAGAGGGGGAUCAGAGCAGGAUGGGACGGAGGAGAAGGAGCCCAGCUUUGGUGGGAACAAUGAUGGCUGUUGUCGGGCCUCGGUGCCACUCGCAGGCAGCCGCCGCCGUUCGCGCUCCACUGGUAUUUGUCUGCCAAUCGCUCGCUGGUUUUGCUGAGCCUUGUGCGUGUUUACGUCCCGUUCUGCUCUCUCCCGACGUGUGCAAGAUCGGCGUUUUCGCCAGGCGAUGCCUCGAGCUCUACGAUAAGAUCAACACCAAGUCGACGCCACAGAUCCGAAACCCCCCCAGUGAUGCGGUGCAAAGAGCCAAAGAGGUCCUGGAAGAGAUCUCCUGCUACCCGGAGAAGUACGAAGCUAAAGAGCUCAGACGGAUACUGACGCAGCCGCACUUCAUGGCGCUGCUGCAGGCCCACGACGUGGUCGCCCACGAGGUUUACAGUGACGAGGCUCUGCGGGUCACUCCUCCGCCCACCUCGCCCUACUUGAACGGAGACUCCCCGGAGAGUGCGAACGGAGACAUGGACCUGGAGAACGUCACCAGAGUCCGCCUGGUCCAGUUCCAGAAGAACACAGACGAACCCAUGGGCAUCACGCUGAAGAUGAACGACUCAAACCACUGCAUCGUGGCCAGGAUAAUGCACGGAGGAAUGAUCCACAGACAAGGAACGUUGCACGUUGGGGAUGAGAUCAGGGAAAUCAAUGGCAUCAGCGUGGCCAACCAGACCGUGGAGCAGCUGCAGAAGAUGCUGAGGGAAAUGCGAGGCAGCAUCACCUUUAAAAUCGUGCCCAGUUACCGGACGCAGGGCUCCUCGUGCGAGAAAGAGUCCCCCAGCACCUCCAGGCAGUCUCCUGCCAAUGGCCACUCCAGCAUUAACAGUUCUAUCUUGGACCUGCCGUCCACCAUCCAGCCAAAAGGUCGACAGAUCUACGUGAGGGCCCAGUUCGAGUACGACCCCUCCAAAGACGAGCUCAUCCCCUGCAAGGAGGCCGGCAUCCGCUUCCGCGUGGGCGACAUCAUCCAGAUCAUCUCCAAGGACGACCACAACUGGUGGCAGGGCAAGCUGGAGAACACCAAGAAUGGCACGGCGGGCCUCAUCCCGUCCCCCGAGCUGCAGGAGUGGCGGGUGGCGUGCAUCGCCAUGGAGAAGACCAAGCAGGAGCAGCAGGCCAGCUGCACCUGGUUCGGCAAGAAGAAGAAGCAGUACAAAGACAAGUAUCUGGCAAAGCAUAACGCAGACCUGGUCACGUAUGAGGAGGUGGUGAAGCUCCCUGCCUUCAAGAGGAAAACACUAGUUUUGUUGGGCGCUCACGGAGUGGGCAGGAGACACAUCAAGAACACGCUCAUAACCAAACACCCCGACAGAUUUGCCUACCCCAUCCCACACACAACCAGACCUCCAAAGAAGGACGAGGAGAACGGGAAGAACUACUACUUCUCCUCUCACGACCAGAUGAUGCAGGACAUCAGCAACAACGAGUACCUGGAGUACGGCAGCCACGAGGACGCCAUGUACGGGACGCGGCUCGAGACCAUCCGCAAGAUCCACCAGCAGGGACUUGUGGCUAUAUUAGAUGUGGAACCUCAGGCGCUGAAGGUCCUGCGGACGGCGGAGUUUGCCCCGUACGUCAUCUUCAUAGCAGCUCCAACCAUCACACCGGGCAUUAAUGAGGACGAGUCGCUCCAGCGGCUGCAGAAAGAGUCGGAGAUCCUGCAGAAGACCUACGCCCACUACUUCGACAUGACCAUCAUCAACAAUGAGAUUGACGAGACCAUCCGGCACCUGGAGGAGUCCAUGGACCUGGUGUGCACCUCCAGCCAAUGGGUUCCGGUGUCCUGGGUCUACUGACCCGCAUCGCCUGCCCCUCCGGUCGCUCCCGCCAUGUCCGAUCUUCAGCAAACAGAAUCUAGGAGUUAAAAACAAACAAAAAAAAAAUAGAAAAGGGUUGAGCUCUUGCUACUUUUGACCUAAGACUCCCUUCAGGGUACUGUGAAAGCAUCAACAGCACUCACCUGAAUCGAUCACGGUCUUGUAUAAAAUCAGAGAAAACCAAUACGUGAAUAUUGUCAUGUCUGUACUAGCUAGGAGGCUAGAUCUUUGUAGAUGUUUUGUUUUAAAGAGACAGUACUGUGUUCCCGUUCCUCCCAUGUCGGUGCGUUGCUUGCUCUCCGGACCUCCCGUCUCGCUGUGGUCCUGUUGUGAACCACCUCUAGUGAGACACUGGCAGUGGCUACCUUAUCAAGACACCGAAGUUAAAAGCACACAAAGCUUUUAACUACGUCUUCUCCAUCUUCUACGUCUACGUCUUCUCAUCCGUAGAUCAGCAGCUCAGCAUCACUCAUCCAGUUUCGGUCCGAGCCGUUUCCCUUUCGACAGCCUUUAAACUAGGCGCCCGGCGCUGUUCCACACCCAUCCAUCCAUCCAUCCACCCACCCAUCCACCCAUCCGUCCAUCCAUCCAUCCAUCCAUCCAUCCAUCCAUCCAUCCAUCCAUCCAUCCAUCCGCCUGCCUGGUACUGUCUCUUCUAAAUGAAUCCACAAGUGUUUCAGACAUUAGGAUGAGGUUGUCAUGCAUGUGAACAUUUUUGAGCUUCCAUGCUGUCAGUCAGUCAGUGUUCCUCAUGUCCCUCCAUGAACCUCCAUCAAACAAAAGAUGACUUAAAACAAUAAAAAUCACCCCAACAUUCCUGCUGUUGGACAGACUGAAUUCCACAUGAAGAUGGAGCGAGACAAAAAAACAGAGCUGGACGUUGAUUCGACGCCUAAGCACAUCCUUGGAGUUUCAGGCGACAUUUCUAAACCACAGAUUUAUAAAGAGAUCAACCAUGUACGUGAGCCGUGUUUGUAAGAAAAGAAAAUCUAAUAAAAGUCUUGAUUUGUUU